GUUUGCCCUAAUUUAUGACUUUGAUUUCAUUCUUCUCCUUCCUCUUCUCUUUGAGAUUCAAUCCUUCACUUCACCUUCUCGGCUCUGAUUCAUACUACCUCCACUGCUCCGCCAGCUACUCUCUGCGACUAAAUUUUCCGUCCUCACUGAGCGGUGGCUCUCCCAUUCAAGCUUUAGCCGAUACCUUACUGUGACGCUCCCGUUCUUCUCUCAACUUCUCAUCCGCCCUCGUCUCUCACCGUCGCAGGGUGGAACUCAGCAAAAUUUCAUAAUGCAGUCUACUGAAGUUCCCGUUUCCAUGGAAGUGGAAACAGUUUCAAGCAAAACAGUAACUGAAAUUGGGACCUUGCCGCCAAAACCGCAGUUUGAUCCUCUAAAGCCUCAUGAGAUGAACGAUGGCCGAGUUCAGUUCCGAAAGGUAUCUGUUCCUCCACAUCGAUAUUCUCCUCUCAAGAAAGCAUGGAUGGAAAUCUACACCCCAAUAUAUGAUCAGAUGAAAAUUGACAUCCGUAUGAACCUCAAGGCUCGUAAAGUUGAACUGAAAACAAGAGCAGACACACCCGACGUUAGUAACUUGCAAAAGUGUGCAGAUUUUGUUCAUGCUUUCAUGCUUGGUUUUGAUGUAAUCGAUGCCAUUGCACUCUUACGAGUGGAUGAGCUCUAUGUAGAAUCUUUUGAGAUCAAAGAUGUUAAGACGCUUCGAGGUGAGCACUUGUCCCGUGCCAUUGGCAGAUUGUCUGGUAAAGCUGGUAAAACAAAGUUUGCCAUUGAAAACGCUACAAAGACAAGGAUAGUUAUUGCAGACACCAAGAUUCACAUAUUAGGAUCCUUUGCCAACAUAAAAAUUGCUAGAGAUUCUCUUUGCAGCCUCAUUUUAGGUUCUCCGGCUGGAAAAGUUUAUUCAAAACUUAGAGCAGUUACAGCCAGAUUGGCAGAAAGGUUUUGAUCUUUUAUGAUUUUUGCAUACCUAGUUAUUUGAGGAAUAGUGUAACUUUAUUUAAAUGCUUAUGCAUUAAAGUUUUGUCCUAGAUACCAAUUAUUAAUCAAUACACAUCGUCACUAAAUGAGUAUAAGGUGAUUGGUAUUUAGAUUGGUGUGCUGAUUGAAGUUACUUGAUAUCUGUUCUGUUUAAAGCCGGUUAAAUAGUGUGUUUAUCAUUUUGCUUCAA